CCAGUUAAAUUUAAAUUGCGUAAUGUACCUAACAUUUUAGUUCUUGAAAUAAAGUUUCUUUAUAAGGGCUUAAAUAAUCGACAGAUAAUAUGCGACAAUGUGUAAAAUUAUUACAUAUUCAUUAGGCCUCUUAUCCAAAAUUCUUUUCAAACGAGUAAUUAAUUACAGUAAAGUAACGGUUACGUAACAAAUGACUAUAGGUGGCGAAAAAAUUACCUUUUCAUUUCUUAAUGUUGCUAUUACGCGUGUCAUCGUGUUUUAAUGAUGAGAAAAAUAAUUAUUUUUCUAUGUUUGAUGUGGUUUGACUGUGGUAGUAAUUAUAAGUUAAAUUGUGAAGUGUACCCCCUACAUUUGGUUCACUACAAUGAUUUUCAUGCAAGGUUUGAAGAAACGUCCGAUGACACGUUGCUCUGUGACCAUAAUAAAGAAAAGUGCUAUGGUGGUCUACCUCGCCUUCUCUAUGAGAUAGAGGCGAUACGACGACAGCACCCCGAUUCUGUUCUCCUGGAUGCAGGAGACAGCUUCCAGGGCACUUAUUGGUACACACUGCUUAAAUGGAAUGCCACACAGUAUUUUCUGAAUUUGUUGAAUAAUGACGCGCAUGCAAUCGGAAACCACGAAUUCGACGAUGACAUUGAUGGUGUAGCGCCAUAUUUAGCUAACUUAAAAGCUCCGGCGUUAGCUGCUAACCUCGACGCUUCAGAAGAACCCAGACUCAAAGGAUUGUUCAAGUCAUACACAAUUAUAGAAAGAAAAGGAAAGAUGAUUGGAAUCGUUGGAGUGACUACAACGAUUACUAAGGAUCUAGCACCAACCGGCAAUGUAAAGUUCACUGACCCCCGUAAGGCAGCGCUCCGAGAAUCGAAGAACCUUCGUGACAUGGGAGUGGAUAUAAUCAUACUCCUAUCACACUGUGGGUACACACUCGAUGUGGAAAUAGCACAAGAUUAUGGCCAGUAUAUUGACUUGGUUGUGGGUGGUCACUCACAUAGAGACAAGACGUUGAUGUUUCCUUAUCUCACUGUUGUAAAAAGCAAAAGUGAUCAUAAUCAUCAGGUGUUGGUUCUCCAGACGGAUGCAUUCACUAAAUUCCUUGGAAACAUAACAAUUCAUUUUAAUUGUGUCGGCGAUAUUCUAAAUUGGUAUGGAGAGCCCAUUGCUUUGGACAACUCGAUCCCUGAAGACGAAAACAUUAAGAAAAAACUUGCUCCAUAUGCCGAAAAAGUACAUACAGCCGCAGCCAAGGUUAUUGGACACAUAGAGAAAACCAUGGAUCACAGAGAUUGCGUUCACGGUGAAUGCUUGAUGGGAAACUUUUUGGCUGAUGUGAUGAGAUAUACAGCACAAUUAAAAAUAAAGACUAGCUAUCCUAUCAUUGCACUAAUACAAAGAAGCAAUAUGAGAGCUAUAAUACGUAAAGGUGAAUUAACAGAAGGCUCCAUAGUGGAAUUAUUUCCAUAUUUGGAUUGGCUGACUAGCUUCGAAUUACAAGGAAAGUACCUUUACGAAGCCUUAGAGCGGUCAGCAAGUGAUUUGAUAAAAGGCGAACGAUUUAUGGGACCCUGGAUUUUACAGGUUUCAGGACUUCAAGUAACAUACAACAUAUCGCGGCCAGUGGGUCAUAGGGUGGUUUCGGCGUAUGUUAAGAAAAAGUUCUCAACGGUACCUCUGGACAAGGAUAAAUUAUACCAAAUUGUAGCGCCCAUAUAUUUAACUAAUGGAGGAGAUGGAUAUACGAUGAUCUCGGAUAACUUCAAAAAUAUACAAAAUCUCGGCUACGAUCAACAUCGCCUGAGGGAAUAUAUCAAAGCAUACAAGUCUAUAAAUGUGAAAAUAGAUGGAAGAAUUUUGAUUAGCUAGUUAUUUUAAUUAUAUUAGAAAAAUUAACACUAAGCAGUACCCCCGCAGCCUUUUCAGAGUAUAUUCAAAGAUUUCAUGUAUUGAAAUAUUAAGAAUGCCCGAAUUUCCAACAUAAUUAAACGUAUUAUAAAGUAAUAAAUAGAUGUUACGCGGCUGAACCGAUUUUGAUGAAUUUGGUUUAGUUUUGUAACGCAGCUAUUUUAAUUAAAAAAACAAUAAGAUCGUCUUCUUCGAACUUCUUUUUUGAAUUUAUAGGUUUAUGAGGUAAAUCAUAAACUAAACCAAUAAAUAUUCCUUUAAUUUAUUCAUUCAUUGUAUUACUUAAGUAGCAGAAAGUUGGUAAAUAAAUAUUGUAAAUUAUGUAAAUAAUAAAUGAAUGAA